GUGUUGUUCAUAGCUUAAGCAUUCAAAAUUAAGAGGUCGCAAUGCCUACCCUAAAACUGCGAAUUGGUCUGCCCUCCAAGCGAAUGAUGGGCAGCAUCUGCAUCUGCGGGGCACUGGCCUCCAUCUCCGGCCUGGCCUACAUGCGCUGGAGUCUUGAGGACCGGGUGCGUCAAACCGUGUACUACCAGAUGGCUAUCCAGCAACUCCGCCAGCACAGCGGAGCUGUGGGUCUGCUGGGCGAGCCCAUCAAGGAGUCCGGGUUCAGUCUGUCCAACGAGAAGAACCGCUGCGAUGUGGACAAGGCCCAGCUGCAGGUGGCCGUGCAGGGUCCAAAGGACAGGGGCACCGUCUUUUUCUGGGCCACGAACAGCAAGAAUGAGGGCUGGUUAAUCGACCGUCUAGAGCUCGAGACAAAGCAGCAUCCGAACACUCGUUUCCUUCUCAAGAAGCCCCAAAACUACGCCCUGCUUAGCAAUGAAGGUGAUCCGGAUCCCCAGGUCACCGAGGGCUCCGAUGAUUCCCAGCAACCGCAGCAGGAACAAGCGGAUGGCGAGGAGCAGGACCAGGAGCAGGAGCAGGAGCAAGCUGGCCAUACCCAUCCCAGUAUUCAGAAUAAUCCCCCGCAGCAACUACGCCAGCGGCAGGGCCAGGAGCCGCCCCCUUUCAUUCACACAGCAGAGGGCGGAGGGAUGCAGUAGCAAGUCCAUGUCAUUAUGCAAAUGGGUCUAGCUCUUUCCUUUUGCCAACAAAGAAAUGCUUACCAACUAAUCGCUGGCCACACAGUUUUGAUUUAAUCAAGAGGGAAGUCACUUUCACCUCAAAAGAAACAGUACUCAAUAGUUAUUUUGGAAUGAAAUCGAUAUAAUUACAAAAGCAAUAGAAAUUAAAGAUAUACAAUACAAUUUUAACAAAA